AUGAUGGUGUGCGAUGGGUACGUGAGUGACGAGACGAUGGGGACAAUUGCUCCCGUUGUUGUCUAUUGGGUUUACGCCGGAGUUUACCAGAUUCUUAGCCUUUAUUUGGAUAAGUUCCGGUUUCACAGCCUCCACGAAGAGCACAAGAAAAACGUAGUCCCAAUCAUCACUGUGGUCAAAGGAGUCUUGCUUCAACAACUUCUCCAAGUCGCAAUAACCCAAUUAGGAUUUGUUAUUACUUCCUAUGGUGAAGAAACCUUGAAACCCACGGUCCAACCUCCAGUAUCAAUCCAGAUCCUUCAGAUAUUACUAGCCAUGUUCAUAUUCGACACGUGCCAAUACUUCGUCCACCGUUACAUGCACCACAACAAGUUCCUCUACCGUCACGUUCACUCGCACCACCACCGUCUCAUAGUCCCUUACGCCGUUGGUGCUCUCUACAACCACCCGGUCGAAGUCAUAACCGACAUGCUCGGCGGAGCCGCAGCGUUCUUUGCGACGGGGAUGACACCGAGAACGAGCGUUUGGUUCUUCUGCCUCGCCACCGUCAAGACCAAUAGACGAUCACUGCGGUCUACUGCUUCCGGGGAACGUGUUCCACGUUUUGUUCAACAAUAA